AUGUUUCGUGGAAUUGAAGACUUGAUAGAUGCUUACAACUUGGAGAAGCUCCGGUUGGACAUUCUGAAAGAGAAACAAAAACGGGUUGAGGAAGCAUUCCUGGGAUCCUUUGAGCGCUUUAGACUAGUUCAUAUGAAGGAUAUUCAGCUGAGGUCAGAGUUGGUCGAGGCAGACGCGGAAGUGGAAAAAGGCGAGGCUGAAACAUUGGAGGCUGGAGCAGCUAGCCGUGAGUCGAAAGCAGAAAUGGCGGCGUCGGUGCAGCUCCUGAAAGAUAUCGGUGACGCAAUGAUCGACAAAUGGAAAAUGGAGCAGAGAAAACUUUGA